AUGCACAUCGUAUCCGACACAGCCAGCUCAUCCUCGUCUUCACCGAACUACAUCACCGAUACCAUGAUCCAGAACCAGUUUAUCUAUCUCGCCCGAUCUUACACAAACGCAUCUAUAGGGUUCCGCUUGGCCGGGGUGACCCGGACGACGAACGACACAUGGGCGCGCAAUGGGGACGACAUUGGAAUGAAGCGGGCGCUGCGAGCAGGGACAUACUCGAGCCUGAACAUCUACUAUCAGUCUCUUCUGCAAGCAGGCAGUAACACCCCCGGAGUCCCAGCAGGGAGUACGUUGCUUGGGUUCUGUUCCUUACCUGCGAGUGGAGUGACCUCGACGACUCCCCGAAGCCUGUAUCACAUCGACGGAUGUAAUAUACUGAGCGGGACCAUGCCCGGUGGAAAUAUGCAGGGGUACAACUUGGGAGGGACCACGGCACACGAGGUGGGCCACUGGAACGGGUUGCUGCACACGUUCAAUGGGAAUAGUUGUGACGCUUCAGACUGGGGAGAUUAUGUGGCGGAUACGCCGCAAGAGAUGACCAGUACGAGCUACAAAGACUCGUGCCCCAACUCGGGCAUCUCGUCGAGCGCCUACACCGGCCUGUCCAGCCAAGGGUCGAACCCGUACGGUCCCCAGGGGUUUUCGGGUCUCGACCCGAUCCACAAUUUUAUGGAUUACUCGAAUGAUGCGUGUUAUACGGGGUUUACGCCGGGUCAGGGGGCCAGGAUGCUGAAUGUGUGGAACAUCUAUCGAGCUGGGCUGUGA